UUCUCGUAGUUCACCAGAUCCAACUGACGAGCUUCUCGCCGUUAUAGAUGAAAUUGAUAUCUUGCUUCGAAGCUUAGCUACUACCUUGAUCCUGAUUAUCCAAGGCACGCCUUGAGUACAGGGGAUAGAAAGCGCAAUUGAGCUCUGGCCCGAAUUGCCAUAUAUUUCAGCUGCUCAAAACAAAAGAAAAAGCGCCUAUCAUGCCUCGACUAUUUCCAUCCAACCCAGAAGAGGUGAUGGUGAUCCGAAAUGUCACCUCCGACAUCAUCACCCUGAGUCUGCCAUUCGCACGAUUUGGCCGUCUCAAGUUUGGCGCGCGGGGAACACUGGGUGAGCCCUGUCAAAGACAGUAUCAUCAAUUUCAUCCAGCUGACCAAGCCUGAACAGUCAAACUGCCCUCGGGCUCCCUCGCCAUCUUCUCUCCGGUCAGCCUCACGCCCCAAGUUCGCGAGAUGAUCUCCCAGAUGGGCCAGGUGAAAUACAUCGCCGCACUAGAUCUC